AUGGCCUACAAGGCUGCAAGACGCAGCGUGACGAUGCCCACGCCCAAGGCCAGCGAACAGCGCCGGCCUUCGAGGCCCAUGCCGCGGCUCUCGCCAGCCCUUGCCCGGCCCAUGCAGUCACUACACCUGCCGGCCGAAUCCAGGCGACACAAGCCACGACCCAGGAAGAAUUCUGGUAGCGCGCUGACGCGAAGUCCAUCCGAAGGAGACUACUCCUCUGCCCAAAAUGAUGCAGAGUCCGAUCGAAGUGGCGACAGUGAUGACGAGCUGACUCAGCUGGCACCAGUUGUGGAGCUCUUCGAUGCGAGCUUCUCUUGGCAAGGGGAAGCUCCACCUGAGGCAGAGGCCUCCGACAAGCCGCCGCCAGUGCUGCGACUCUCCAGUGCGCAAGAAUCGCGCAGGACGCCGGGGCCUCCAGAAGGGUGGUGCAACUGCUAG